AUGAAGGUGGAGGUAUAUUUUUUUCUCUUGGUACUUAUCCUGAGGGUGAAGCGCAUCCCAGCUGUACACAUGCAGAGGAAACCCAACGUCCUAUUUCUGAAUUGCGCAUCCCUCAAAAAUGGUGCAAGCGGUUGGAGCAUGACGACUGUGGACGCGAAAAAAAAUGAAGCCAAGCACCGAACGAUGAAGGCUCAUGUCGUGGGGUCAAAGAAGGUCGACGAGCCAAUGGUAAAAGUUUUUCAACUCGAUGAGAGAAGCCCUAGGAUAAGACCCAACAGUAAAAAGCAAAACGAGGCAGAAGACGUUGAUGAGGGUACGGAGAAUCCCCCCAAGUUGAACAACCAAGCCAACUACAACGUUUACCUACCAGACAACCACCUGGAAGAUUACCUCUCCGAUGUGAAGGUCAGCAAAGAUGAAAUGAAGAUGCUCUAUGAAGAUAUGCAUUUAGGAAGGAUGUUUGAAAAUUUAGUUGCAAAAUUAUAUUAUAGUAAAAGGAUAAACGGGUUCGUACAUUUGUACAAUGGGCAAGAAGCCAUCAGCUCAGGAAUAAUUAAAAAUUUGAGGCCCUCUGAUUUUGUCACCAGCACCUACAGAGACCAUGUGCAUGCAAUAAGCAAAAAUGUCCCUCCAAAAAAAGUGCUUAAUGAAUUGUAUGGAAAUUAUUAUGGAAGUACAAAUAAAGGCAAAGGUGGAUCCAUGCACAUAUACAGUAAGGGGGAAAACUUCAUAGGGGGCUUUGGCUUCAUAGGAGAGCAGAUCCCCAUCGCCGUCGGUCUGGCCUAUAGCAUUUUGUACAAGCGGGAGUUCCCCCAAAAUGGCAGCGCCCCACGAACAGCACGCACGUCGCUAGCAGACGACACGCCGCUAGCACAAGACACCAGCGUGGUGGCGUGCUUCCUCGGAGACGGGACCUCCAACAUCGGGCAGUUCUUCGAGUCCCUCAACCUGGCAGCCACCUACAAUCUUCCAAUCAUGUUCGUCAUUGAAAAUAAUAACUGGGCCAUAGGCAUGGAGGGCUCAAGGAGCUCUACGGAUGACCUCCUGAACAAUUACUCCAAGGGAAAGGCAUUCAACGUGGACACGUACAAAGUGGAUGGCAAUGAUGCAAUAGCAUUGUUCAGGUUGGCAAAAAAAAAAAUAAAUCAAAUGAGGAGAAGAGAGUGUGGACCGGUACUGAUAGAAGCAAUCACGUAUCGUGCAAAGGGACACUCGCUUGCAGAUCCGGAUGAGCUACGAAUACAGGAAGAAAAAGCUUCAUGGAAAAAAAGAGACCCAAUUGUACAUUUGGCUAACUACAUGAAAAAAAAAAAUAUCGUCGAUGAAGCCUUCUUUGAAGAAAUUAAAAAAAAAAAUAAACAUAUUUUGUUGGAAGCUGAAAUGGACGCUGACGAGAAUAUGAAAAAGAGCCAAAACAUUAACAUCCCCCAACUGUUGCGGGAAAACAUUUACGCUCCCUCAGAGACAGUGCCCUUCCAGGAGGACUACAACCAGUAUGCGACGUAUGACCACCUUAGUGACUCCGAGCUGGGGGAGUAUUACGAAGCACUGCGCAAAGAGAUGGACAGACAGCUGCAUAACAGGAAGCCGGAUCCCUCUGAGCAUUUCGCGCGCAAGGACCUCCCCCUGAUCAUCGACUAG